GAAACAAGUUUAUUGUAUUACAUAAAAAUACAUUGGUCCAUUUCAUUCUCUCUUAUCUAAUACAUAUCACAGUUAAAGUUAGCAGUUGACUAAUGGUAUUUAUUUAGUAAAUAACUACAUAUUUUGUUCCCAAUCUCGAUUGUCUUUCAUUUGGUGACUUUUUGCUUUAACGUAGUGAAACAAUCCUCAUUUCAUCCAGCACAACACAUUCAGGUCCCAGCAUUUUGAUCAUUUUAUAUUUAUCAUGUACUUAACGGUGAAAAUGUUCUUGACAGACAGUUUUAACAGUUUCACUUUUAAAGUACUAUAAAUAUAAAUGCAUUUUUAGUGUAUUAAAUAUUCUUACUUUAUUGUAUUUCAUGUUUAGCUUUCAUUCCAUUUCGGAAUUAACUGUAAGUUUUUACUUUUAUGUCCCCUUUAUAUUUCUAUUCAUUCCUUAUGAAUGUAUCAUUCUGAACAGUUCACUUGUAGUACACACACCAGAGCGCAGUGUCACCACGAAUAAUCUACUCCUCACAGUUCUAUGCUGGAAAAAAGACUCGGAUCCUCCGCGCAUGCGCACAUUCUAAAAUACGAUUUGCACAACGGUCCGACAUCAAAGAUGGCGGGAGCCUCCGACCCGCUGGAGGACAUGCUCUUCAAUGAGGUGGACGAGAAAGCUGUUAGCGACUUAGUUGGCUCUCUGGAAUCACAGCUCGGAGACAGAGAAGCUCCCGCCGCUUCGUAUUCCGCCGGUAAACCGGAGGGAGCUCAGCCAACUACCGCUCAGUUCUCAGGGAAAGUGCGCGAUCCGGUGGGUCCGUUGGAGCAGCCCCAACAAGGGCAUCCAGAACCGGGGCUAUCAAAUCCGGAACCCGUUAAAGUGCUUCCCUCCCCGGGAACCGUCGCGUCCGCGGUGCCCGCCGGAGCCACAGCACCCCCUACUAUCUCGCCGGUACCGGGACCUGUAACUUUGACCACUCGGUCCGCCGCUGUUAGCUUCCACCGGGCUCCUCCCGGCGGCGGCCCCGUGGUGGAGGCAAACCGAACCGCUUCCCCCGGAAGUUUAAAUGAAGCCGUGAAGUUGGUGAACUCGGUCCCCGCAGCAGCAGCAGCGGCGGUGUCGGCAGCGGGAACCGGCUCGGUAAUCAGCGCCGUCAGCAGCGGGGGCUCCGCGAUCAUCGCCUCCAUGGCCGCUCAGCCUCACUUCCCUCAGUCUCCCGGUGUCCCGCUGCAGAGACUCCCGGUUCCGGUGUCCGGUGUGGCCCUGAAUGGAGUGGACCCCAAGAGCGCGGUCCCGUCCGCCUCCGGCCCCCCGGUGGUGAACCACGGCGCCCACCUGAUGCAGGCCAAGGUGCUAGUUCCCAGUCAGCCCGUCUCCGGGAACUCCGUCAUCCUCACCGGAACCCCCCCACCCGCCGUGAGCGGGACCGGCACAGCCGCCGCCGUCCUGAAGCCGGCGGUGAAUGGAGUGGGUCAGCUCACCGCGGGGCGGCCGCCGGGGCCCCCCGUCGUGGCCUCGCCCAUCCAGCAGCAGAGACCCGGUCUGGUAGCGAGUUCCCCCCGAGCCGCCGCUCCUCAGCUGGCCGUCCGGCCUCAACAGCAGACCACCAUCCAGCUGCCCCCCGGCUUCUCCAUGCCGCCAGGUAUGGUUCUGGUCCGUACCGAGACGGGUCAGCUGGUUAUGGUCCCUCAGCAGGUGCUGGCUCAAGCUCAGGCCAAGACCCAGCAGGGCCAAGUGGGGGCCAACAUCAGCCAGAGACCCCCCACCCCGACCACCGCCAUCCGGGUCAGCGCCCCCGCCACGGCUCCUCAGACCGUCCGCCUGGCCGCCCCCACCCAGACCAGAAUGGUUCAGUCUCCGUCCUCCACGACUGUCCAGAAGACCAUCACGGUGUCCCCUGGUGGUGCAGCGGUGUCAGUGAAGAUGCCCCCGGCUCAGAAGGCACAGACAGUGAUCACAGCGGGGGGGACGCCGGUGUCGAAGCCUGUCAGCGUCCCGUCCAGCACCACCCACACCACCCCCCCCACCCCGACUAACAGAGUCACCGUGGUGUCCCAGGAGAUGCAGGAAAACGUGAAGAAGUGUAAAAACUUCCUGGCAACACUCAUCAAGCUGGCGUCUCACAACUCUCCGUCACCGGACACCUCCAAGAAUGUGAAGGCCCUGGUGCAGGACCUGCUUGAUGCAAAAAUUGAGCCUGAAGAAUUCACAAGUCGACUGCAGGCUGAGCUCAAGUCGUCUCCUCAGCCCUACCUCAUCCCCUUCCUCAAGAAAAGCCUCCCCGCCCUGCGUCAGUCUCUCCUCAGCAGCCAGCAGUCCAUCGUGACCCCCGGUACCUCGGCCCCCCAGCCGGUCGCCCCCGGCUCAGUCACCACCAUCAGGUCCCGGAUGCCCAUCAGCCCGGUGGGGGGCACCGUCAGGAUGAACCCCCCCCUCACCAACACCAUGGCUGUGGGAAGAACAAACAUCCAGAGCAGAACACCUGUCGUCUUCAGUCAGACGCUCAGACCUCAAGGUGCACUCUUCAGAGGGCCCACAACCAUAAUCGGGAAGACUCCUCUGAACUUGGCCGCUCAAGCCAAUCAGAGGAAGCUGAGCGACCCGGGGGGCGGGACAUUCAGAGAUGACGACGACAUUAACGACGUGGCGUCCAUGGCCGGCGUCAACCUUAAUGAGGAGAACGCCCGUAUCCUAGCAACCAGCUCGGACUUUGUGGGCACGAAAAUCCGCUCCUGCAAGGACGAAGCCUUCCUGCCCACCGGCCUGCUGCACCGCCGCAUCCUGGACACAGCUAAGAAGCUGGGAGUCACGGAGGUUCCUCUGGAGGUGGUGAACCUGGUGUCUCAUGCCACUCAGUCCAGACUACGUUCCCUCCUGGAGAAGGUCUCGGUCGUUGCGCAACAUCGGACGGACGGAGGAAAGGAUGAAGAGCAACACGAACAGACGUCAGACGUUCGCUCUCAGCUUCGCUUCUUCGAGCAGCUGGAGCGGAUGGAGAAGCAGAGGAAGGACGAGCAGGAGAGGGAGAUCCUGCUCAAGGCUGCCAAGAGUCGAGCGAGACAAGAAGAUCCUGAACAAGCUCGUCUGAAGCAGAAAGCUAAGGAGAUGCAGCAGCAGGAACUGGCUCAGAUGAGACAACGAGACGCAAACCUCACGGCGCUCGCCGCCAUUGGACCACGCAGGAAGCGGCGCAUGGACUCACCAGGAGCUUCAUCGUCUGGAGCCGAGGUGACUUCCUGCUCCGGUCCAGGCUCCUCCCCCGGCUCCUCCUCCUCCUCCUCCCGCCAGCAGCUCCGUCAGCGCAUCAUACGAGUGAACCUCAGGGACUUCAUCUUCUGCCUGGAACAGGACCGCUCCACCUCCCGCUCCAUGGCGCUCUACAAGGCCCUGCUGAAGUGAGGAGGAGGAGCAGCAGCAGGAGGAGGAGGAGGAGGAGGAGGAGGAGUCCACCUCCUCCUCACCUGCCAGCUCGAGAUCCGAGAUAAAUGAAACCGUAUCAAAGGUGACGCAAUAAAAGCCAGAGUCACAUGUUGACAUACUUUUAACAGCGUGACCUGAACUCAAGGCUUCAGAACCGUUUUUACUCUGGAGGAACCGGACUGGAACUCGGACCAGUGGAACCGCGUCCUCCUCCUACAUUACCCACAAUGCACUGCGUGCACAGGUCUACUCAGCUCCCUUUUUAUUAUGUUAGUGUGUGUGUGUGUGUGUGUUAAAGGAACAGUCACGUAAACCCUUUGAUUCCAGUCUCAGCUGGUUAGCUUAGCAUAAAAGCUACAUCACAGCUGCUGUCCCUUUAACACAAGGGAUCUCCACAGGGAGCUGGUUCUCCUCCAGUUGACUCAGGCAGACCAACAUUCCUCCAGCUCCUCCCCUCACGGCGUCAUCGACCUCUUACUGUUGAACAUUUUCAUCUGUCACUCGUUAAAAUACAGUUUUGCUGUUGAAAGUUUUUAAAGAGGCUUUUUGCAGAGUGUCGUGUUCUCUGAAGGUUUUUAAGGCUUUAAAUGUAUCGGGCAUUUGGUCCGUUUGGUCCAGAGCUCUAAAGGAGGUUCAGCCGACUCAUCUUUAACAAGGACACAAUAUUUGCCACUAUUUAUAUUUCCUACAUUCUGAAUUCAGCCCUGGAACCUUUCAGGAAAUGCAAUUUUACAGUUGUUUGUACCUUUGCAAAAAAAAAAUGAAAUAAAGAAAAUGAAAAAAGUCA